UUACUGACCAUCACUAAUUGCUGCUGUCCACAGGGACCUGGGUGAGAGUGGCAGGAGAGGCCACCUGUCACCAGCUCCUGCAGCAGAGGGAUGGAGAGCCUCAGGUGAGCCGGGCUCCAUCCUGGCCUUGGGACGAGGAGAUGCUCUGGCUUCCCUGUCUGAUGUGCCACCGUCUGCUCCCUGCCUGCAGAGACGGGGCUGAAGGCUGGAUGCCCUUCCCCUGCCCGGUGGUGCUUACCUGAGCCCCAGGAUUUCACACCAGCAGGACCUCACCAGCAGCAGAUGAGAGACACAGUAAAGCCAGACACAUCUGAUGGCACACAAGCUUUGCUGCAGCUCUCACAAGUAGAAAACGGGUUGGGUGUUCCCGUCUGCCCUCUUUUGAAUGGCAUCAAUUUUGAUUAUGAGCCAGAAAGAAGAACAAAUGGAGGAUAGCUUCCCGCCACUCUGUGUCACCUGCGGCCAAGCACAUUUACCGGAAGAAAACCACUUAUACAACUACACUGAAGAAGUAGAUGAUGAUCUGAUAUGCCACAUUUGCCUGCAACCUUUGCUUCAGCCAUUAGACACGCUCUGCGGUCACACCUACUGCAUGGUCUGCCUUACGAACUUCCUUGUGGAAAAAGACUUCUGCCCCAUGGACCGCAAGCUUGUGGUUCUCCAGGCAUGUAGGAAGUCCAGCAUACUAGUGAAAAACCUCCUGGACAAGCUAAUGGUUAGCUGCCCUUUCACAGAACACUGCUCAGAGGUCGUGCAACGUGGUCAGCUCGAACAGCAUUUCCAAAACCAAUGUAAAGGAGCAUCCCACUACGGCCUUACUAAGGAACGGAAGAGACGUUCCCAAGACUGCUCUCCAGACCAUGGCUCCAGCCUCGCAGUGACCUCCCUGGGCCCCGAGCUCUCAGCAGCUGCGGCCAUCGCCUUAAUGACAGACGAGCCAGGGCUGGUGAACCCGGCCUUCAGCCCCACCUCGGAGGACAGCCAGUCAGGCAGCAGCCCUGGAGAACUGCAUCGCAGCAACCAAAACAGAACUCGACACUUUGAACGGUCCACUCUAAGAAGCAGAUCUUUUAAAAAAAUAAACAAGGCCUUCAGUGUUCUUCGAAGGACAACAAGUGGAAGUGCGGUUUCCAGCCAGGCUGGCCAGGAAAGGGAGACUGUUCGAAACUCUGCUGUUGGAGGGGAAGAUUCAGAAUGCUCCAUACAACCCUCGGUGACAAAAACACAGCACUCUGUGGGAAAACCUGCAAGAAUCACCAAAAACAAGACAGAAAGUUUUCUCCUUUCUAGAUUCAGCAGCUCUUCGAUAUAUAAGAACUGGAAAUAUAAAAUGGUAAAGAAAGGUUUUCCCAGGUUGUAUCACCUGAUUCCAGAUGGGGAAAUUACCUGCAUCAAGAUCAGCCGUACAAAUGCCCAUGAAAACCUGGCAAUUAGGAUUGUGGGAGGCAGUGAGACUCCUUUGGUCCACAUUAUUAUACAGCAUAUUUAUCGAGAUGGGCUAAUUGCCAGAGAUGGAAGAUUGCUGCCUGGAGACAUAAUACUGAAGGUAAAUGGCAUGGACAUCAAAAAUGUGCCUCACAACUAUGCCCUGUCAAUCCUGAAGCAACCCUGCCACGUGCUUCGACUGACAGUGCUGCGAGAGCAGAGGUACCGAUGCCGAAACAGUGGACUUUUCCUUGAUUCUCUCUGCAACAGGGAUGACAGUUUCCAUGUUGUGCUAAACAAAAGCAGUCCGGAGGAGCAUUUGGGAAUAAAGCUGGUCCGCAAGGCUGAUGAACCAGGGGUAUUUAUUUUCAAUUUGCUGGAAGGCGGCGUGGCUGCCCGUGAUGGACAGCUUCAGGAGAACGACCGGGUGUUGGCCAUCAAUGGGCAUGACCAUCGGUACAGCAGUCCAGAGAGCGCAGCCCAGCUGAUACAGGCCAGUGAGAAGCAGGUUCACUUCAUCGUGUUGCGGCAGAACAGGCAGCAGACCCCUGACAUCUUACAGGAGACAGGCUGGAGUUAUGGUGGCAGCAACCCCCAGCCCUGUCAUGUUGAGAGGAAGAACCCCAGCAAGAGUACCCUUCAUGCCGUCACCUGUCACGAGAAGGUGGUGGCUGUCCGGAAAGAUCACACAGAGUCGCUGGGAAUGACUGUAGCAGGCGGAGCAUCUAAUCGGGAAUGGGAUUUGCCUAUCUAUGUGAUAAAUGUUGAACCUGGAGGAGUUAUCAGCAGAGACAGCAGGAUAAAAACAGGUGACAUCCUCCUGAAUGUGAACGGUAUUGACCUGACGGGAGUCAGCCGGAGUGAAGCUGUUGCCCUGCUGAAAAACACCAACUCGUCAGUGGAGCUCAAAGCCCUGGAGAUGAGAUCAUGCAACAGUCAGGAGGAGCAGGACCACCUGCCACCCCCUGAGGCCAUGCAGGCCACCUCUGAGAGCAGCGACUGGUCACCUUCCUGGGUGAUGUGGCUGGGGCUGCCACGGUAUUUGUACAGCUGCAAAGAUAUCGUAUUACGAAGAAAUACAUCUGGAAGUCUUGGCUUCAGUAUCGUAGGAGGUUAUGAAGAACAUACUGGGAACAAACCAUUCUUUAUCAAAUCCAUUGUUGGGGGAACACCAGCAUAUAAUGAUGGCAGAAUUAGAUGUGGUGACAUCCUCCUUGCUGUCAAUGGCAGGAACACAUCAGGAAUGAUGCAUGCCUAUUUGGCAAGGAUGCUCAAAGAACUGAAAGGAAAAAUUACUCUCACAAUUGUGUCCUGGCCUGGCACUUUUUUAUAAAACAAGUUUUCAUGGAGAGUAUGACAAGCAACUCAACACAGGAAACAUCAGUCUUCACUCUUGGGGGGUGUCAAGUAUGUGUUUAUAAAGAAAAGAUUUGUGAAAUUUCAACCUGCAUGUCAAGAAAAGCCAAGUUUAGGCAAAGCAGGGACACCUGUCAGAUAAUCACUUCAGUGACUUAAGUUACAAAUGUAGUCUUUCCUUCCCCGUGUUCUUAAGGGUUUUUAUGGUUGGUUGGGUUUUUUUUGUUUGUUUUGCCUUUUUUUUUUUUUACUAUAUAUAUUUAAUGCAUUAUAAUAGUAAUAAUAAUUAAAUGCAAGGAGCGGCAGCUCCUACUCACCCGCUUUAAAUUAAAAAAUAAAUCCUUGAAUAACUUAUGGAAAAAUUUCUUGCAAUUUUUCUAGGUGCAAAAAUCAGGUGCAGGUUUUUACCCAAUACAUUAAUAGCACUUUGAUUAUGUGUAUUUUUCAUGGUCAGCAUGAAGCUGGUAUUUUCAGGACUUCCAAGUACUGUUUGUUAGUCUGUAAAACUGUGAAUUAAAUUUCUAAAAUAAUUAAAAAUAACUGUAACUGUGUA